AUGGCUACAAAUCCAUACUGCAUAACAAAAUCGAGUGGCUCCGGCGACGGUGGUGGCUACGGCGACGGAGGUGGUUCCGGCGACAGCGGUUGCUCUGGUGACGAUGGUAGCUCCGGCGACGAUAGUGGCUCUAGUGACGAUGGAGGCUCCGGUGACAAUGGGAACCCCGACGAUGGGGUGGUGACUCCGGUGAUGGCACUCGUUCCGGUAAGGGUUGUAGCUCCACCGGCGGUGGUGGUGGUGAUGACGGCGGCAUCGGCGGUGAUGAUGACGGCGGCAUCGGCGGUGAUGAUGACGGCGGCGACGGUGGUAGUGGUAGUGAUGACGGCGGCGACGGUGAUGACGGAGAUGAUUGUGGUGAUCUCUCCUCUUACUAACUAG